AUGUUUCUGUCUCUUCCUACAUUGACUGUCCUUAUUCCAUUGGUCUCUUUAGCAGGACUGUUAUACUCGGCCUCUGUGGUGUGCUUUUACAGUCUGCUCUUGUUGAUUACCAUACCCGUUUAUGUGUUCUUCCACCUUUGGACUUGGAUGGGUAUUAAACUCUUCAGGCAUAAUUAA